AUAAGUUCAAACAAAAUAAUGCAACCUUAUAUUUAUAGAUCGAAAGAUAUGCCCAAUCAUCAAUUCAUCUCAUCUCAGAAAAAAUAAAAAUAAAAUUGGAAAUCAUAAAUUCAUCAUCCUUCAUCUCUCCAACCCAAAACCAUGUUUUAUCUACUGUAAUAUGAGUCGAGAAUCUUACUCCAUAGUCCUUGUUAAUCCUGACGUGUCGGUCGACCAUGUCAAAAUUUUAUCCAUGUCUACCCCACGCUCCUUUAUCUAGUUUUUUUAUUUUCCUACAAAAAUUAAAAUAUUCUCCACUCCUAUUUUUGAGGCUCUAUAAAUUCACACUCCAAAUUUCUUCAUUACAUUCUCAUUUCCUCCAUAUUUCCUAUCCUCUACUCUUAAACAGCAUUUGCUGAAAUUAUUUAAAAAUUUCUCUCUUACCAUUGUUUCCAACUCCCUUUUUAUCAGUUGAUCUUCCCUCAUAAUGGAAGUCGCUGCAGGAUAAUUCUGGCUACGUUUUAUGGCAUUGACUGGUGAUUGGGCAAUGUGUGGAGGGAGAAACUACUCAUUGACAAUUGGAAGCACCUCUAAUCUCUACGGAACAGCAACAAAAGAUCUUAACAGUGAAGGUUUUGGCAUGGCCAAUGGGCUUGGUUGGACAAAGCAUAUACCGUCUUCUGUACAGAAACCCUUAUUGAUUUCUUCAUCUCCUUCUUUCAUUCAUUGGUCGCGUAAAAUUCCUAUAUGUGAUGGGUAUCAUGAGUUUCUCUAGCUGUUGUUGAUAAUUUUAGUUUAUAACUGGAACUUAGAUUUUGAGUGAUAACUGGUUACUUUGUAAAAAUCAGAUUUUGUUGUCAACAAGGUUAAAUAGCUGGAACAUGCCUGGUUUUAUUAGUGAAAAGAAAAGAUUGACAGAGUCAAACAUGUGCUUUGCAAAUCACUCAAAAGACGCUCGUGGGAUUAGGUCUCGAGUUGUGGAUGAUCGCUAUGUCCCCAUUUUGCCGGGGCUUCCUGAUGAUGUGGCGAAGUUAUGCCUUGCACUUGUCCCUCGAAAUUCCUUUCCCUCAAUGGGUGCUGUGUCUAACCAAUGGAGGUCAUAUAUUCGAAGUAAGGAGUUCAUUACCAUCCGAAAGCAAGUAGGAUUGCUGGAGGAGUGGCUCUAUUUGUUGACCAUCGAUGAAGAGGGAAAAGAGAGCCAGUGGGAGGUAUUGGAUAGUGUCGGUAACAAACACCGAGUUCUUCCACCCAUGCCUGGUGAAUUUAAGAUGGGAUUUGGUGUCGUGGUUCAUCAUGGGAAGCUGCUAGUAAUGGCUGGCUGUACAGUCUCUGAAGGGGUGGCAUCUCCCACUGCUGAAGUUUACCAAUAUGAUUCCAGUCUCAACAGCUGGAGCAAGCUGUCAAGUAUGAACGUUGCACGUUAUGAUUUUGCAUGUGCUGAAGUUAGUGGGAUGAUCUAUGCUGUGGGAGGCUAUGGCAUGGACGGUGAGUCUCUGUGCAGUGUUGAGGUAUACAAUCCUGAUACUGACGAGUGGACUCUGAUAGAGUCCCUUCGCCGCCCAAGGUGGGGCUGUUUUGCCUGUGGGUUUGAGGGCAAGCUGUAUGUUAUGGGCGGGAGGUCAAGUUUCACUAUCGGACACUCAAAGUUUGUUGAUGUGUAUGACCCAGAUAACCACACUUGGUGUGAGAUGAAGAAUGGUUGUGUUAUGGUUACUGCCCAUGCCGUGCUAGGUGAAAAGCUGUUUUGCAUGGAAUGGAAGAACCAAAGGAAAUUAACUAUAUUCAACCCUAGGGACAGUUCAUGGAAGAUGGUACCCGUGCCAGUAACUGGAAGCUUGAGUAUUGGGUUUCGGUUUGGUAUACUUGAUGGUAAGCUUUUGCUCUUCUCGCUUAAGGAUGAGCCUGGGUAUCGGACUCUGCUGUAUGAUCCCGAGGCAGCCCCAGGCUUGGAGUGGAUGACCACUGAUAUCAAACCCUCAGGUGCAUGCUUGUGUAGCGUGACUAUGAGGGCAUGAAUGUAGAUGGCAGUUUGUCAUUUGCUGCCUGACAUGUAUUUCCUUUUUCAUGUUGUACCUGUGUAAUUUGUCUCAUUGCACUUGUACAAUUGUUCUAGUUGCUUUCGAGUUUGUAUGUUCCUGAUGUUUGACGUAGUCUAUUAUGUAUAACUUAACCCUUUCGGUCUUUGCCAUGGAUGUUAGAUUUGGUGUGUUUUUGACUGUAAAAUAGGCACUCAUAUAAUUUAAUAGAAUAUGUUGCAAUUUCUAUCUCUUA